GAUCCACUGUGCUAGCUGGGAUGGGACAACAUUCCACAGGCCACAAUCAACAGCUUGAUCAACUCUAUGCAAAAGAGAUGUGUCCCGGAGGAGGCAGCGACCCCUUCUCAUGUAAUGGGGUAGGGCCUUCCCAAGGAUCCCGGAAUGCACGGACGGUGUUAGUGGGGGAACAGGAAGUUCCGGACAGAAGCGCACCAUUCUCCAGUGUAAAGAAAGCGCCAGAACGGUGCAGGCCGACUAGAAUUACAUCUGAGGCCGGUAACAUCCACAGUGAGGACAGACCCAGCCUGCCUCUCUCCUUCCACACUGAGUCCAAACCUACAGUCACUGGGUCCUGAUUGUGACAUUGGAGCCCAGUUUGCACUGCAGGAUCCAGAGAUGGCAUCAGUGAAGCUGGAAGACUGUAGUCAAACACUGGAGCUGAAUGUCAACAUUAAAGAUGAAGAAGAGGAGGAGAAGAUUGGGAAAUCUGUUUCUCAUGGGAUGACAAACCCAGCCUGCCUCUCUCCUUCCACACCGAGUCCAAACCUACAGUCACUGGGUCCUGAUCAUGACAGUGGAGGCCAGUUUUUACAGCAGGAUCCAGAGAUGGCAUCAGUGAAGCUGGAAGACUGCAGUCAAACACUGGAGCUGAAUGUCAACAUUAAAGAUGAAGAAGAGGAGGAGGAGAUUGGGAAAUCUGUUUCUCUUGGUGCCUUUUGGUCAAACUCCAAGCGGGCUGUCACGUGCCUUUUACUGAGUGGCUUCCGUCUGGCCACUGUACCAGAAAGGCCUGAUUGGUGGAGUGCUGCAGAGACGGUUGUCCUUCUGGAAGGUUUUCCCCCAUCUCCACAGAGGAGCUCUGUCAGUGACCAUCGGCUUCGUCGUCACCUCCCUGACCAAGGCCUUUCGUUCAUAUCCUUGGACUAAAGUGAUUGCACAUGAUGUUCGGCUUGCACGGCGACAAGAAUUAAGUCUGAAGCCGGUAACAUCAACAGUGAGGACAAACCCAGCCUGCCUCUCUCCUUCCACACUGAGUCCAAACCUACAGUCACUGGGUCCUGAUUGUGACAGUGGAGCACAGUUUGCACUGCAGGAUCCAGAGAUGGCAUCAGUGAAGCUGGAAGACUGCAGUCAAACACUGGAGCUGAAUGUCAUCAUAAAAGAUGAAGAGGAGGAGAAGAUUGGGAAAUCUGUUUCUCAUGGAGACCAUGUUGAGACAUUCUCUACAUCCAGAGAUAAACAGCAGGAAAAUCAUGAAACUAAGAGGUCUCACCUCUGCCCACAUUGUGAGGAGAUUUUCCCAAUUCUAUCAAAGCUAAAAAUACACCUUAAAAUACACACAGGAGAGAAUCCGUAUUCCUGUACUGACUGUGGGAAGAGAUUCACAACAUCAAGGGCUCUGACAGUUCAUCAGAGAGUGCACCCUGGAGAGAAGCCUUACUCCUGCCCUGACUGUGGAAAGGUUUUCUCUCGACUGGGCCACUUAAAAAGACAUGGACAUAUACAUACAGGAGUGAAGCCUUUCUCCUGCUGUGACUGUGUAAAAUGCUACACAACAUCAUCUGAGCUAAAACUUCACCAGAGAGUGCACACUGGAGAGAAGCCUUACUCCUGCUCUGACUGUGGGAAGAGUUUCUCUCGACAGGGUUUUUUAAAAGCACAUAAACUUAUCCAUACAGGACUGAAGCCUUAUUCCUGCUCUUACUGUGGGAAGAUUUUCUCUCAACUGGGCCACUUAAAAAGACAUGAACGUAUACAUACAGGAGUGAAGCCUUACUCCUGCUCCAACUGUGUAAAAUGCUUCACAACAUCAACUGAGCAAAAAGUCCACCAGAGAACCCACACAGGAGAGAAACCCUACUCCUGCUCUGACUGUGUAAAAAAUUUCACAACAUUAACUGAGCUAAAAGUCCAUCGGAGAACACACACAGGAGAGAAGCCUUACUCCUGCUCUGACUGUGGAAAGAGUUUCUCUCAAUCGUGCCACUUAAAAAGACACCAAGGUAAACAUAAAGGAGAGAAGCCUUACCACUGAUCUGACUGCACAAAAUGUUUUAAAACAACAGCUGAGCUAAAAGGUCAUCAGAGAACAGACACAGGAGAGAAACCUUACUUCUUCUCUUAAUUUGGCAAAAGUAACUCAAGUAAAAUUCUAAAGGUAUUUGGUUGUAAAUAUACUUUAGUAUCAACAGUAAAAGUGAAUAAUUUCAAAUUCCUUAAAUGAACCUCUACGCGAUGGGUGUCCCUUAACCAGGACGGUUGUUGCUAACGUGCGCCAAUGUGACAAAUGAUGUUGUAUACAACAGCCAACUUUCCAGAACAUAGACAUGACUGUAUAUGGGCAUAUUUAUGUACCUACAUUCAGUAAUCUUGCUCUGAUUUGUCAUCCUGAGGGUCCCAGAGAUAAAAUGUAGCAUAGUUUAAUUUGCUAAAAUCUAUUUUUAUGUUCAAAAUGUAGGAGCUGGGUUCUACAUUUUGAACCCCUGCUGUCUCUGGCACCACACCCACCCUGCCCAGCCAUCUAGAUGUGUGAAAGUUAGUGUGUAAGCUAAUGAUCCAUCAUGUAUGACAUUCCUGGCAGUGUGUAAACUUAAAUGGUUUAUUACCAUAGCAUUUUUGUAUGUUCUCUAUUGUUUGGUACUUAAAUGUAUCAAUUGACCAAUUCAGCACAUGUGGGGCGAACUCCUGGCAGACUUGAUACAGUGCAGUAAUGUAAUUCUUCCCUGGAUCAGUCAGAACCUUUGCAUACAGUGCUGCCAUCUGGUGGCCAAAAUCAAAAUUACAUCUAAACUCCAAUCUGAAAGUAUGGCCUUUCUCUUGCAUUUCAAAGAUGAAAAAGAAAAACAGUUUUUUUUAUUGUAUUAUCUUUUUACCAGAUCUAAUGCGUUAUUCUCCUACAUUAAUUUCACAUUUCCACAAACUUCAAAUGAUAUCAAGAAUAUGCAUAUCCUUGCUUCAGGUGCUGAGCUACAAGCAGUUAGAUUUGGGUAUGUGGUUUUAGGCGAAAAUUUUAAAAGGUGUACGCUCCUUAAGAAGUUUUUAAGCAAACCAGACAGCACAAUUGUGUUUUAUUUUUUAUAUUACGGAUAACCAGGGGCACACUCCAACACCAUUUAGAAGCAAAGCAUUUGUGUUUAGUGAGUCUGCCAGAGCAGAGGCAGUAGGGAUGACCAGGGAUGUUAUCUUGAUAAGUGCGUGAAUUGGACAAUUGUCUGUCCUGCUAAUCAUAAAAAAUGUCAUGAGUACCCUUGUGUCAGGGAAAGUGUAUGGAUUAAAAAGUAUUAUUUACUCUAGGAAUUUAGUGAAAUAAAAGUAAAAGUUGUCAAAAAUAUAAAUAGUAAAGUACAGAUACUACUUAAGUAAAAAUGAUUUAAAUAACUAUUUAAGUACUUUACACCACUGCAUGCAUCCACGCUGUGGGGCAGCAUUGCAGGUUAGUGGUGUGAAGAUGUGUGGUGUUUUUCCAGGGCACAAAUUGGACCCCUUUUUAAAUGUUGAGUAACUUUUGAAUGCCACAGGAUAUCUAAACAUCAUUGCCAAUCAGGUGCAUCCCUUCAUGGCAGCAGUGUAUCCAUAUGCAAAUGGAUUUUUUCAACAGGAUUAUGUCUUAUGCCACAAGGUUUGUCCAGGAAUGGUUCCAAGAACAUUACUUCUUUGUCCAUCUGUGGGAGGAGAUGGAACGAGCUAUUCGGAGUAGAUCCAUUCUCAGCCAACUUGACACAAUUGUAGGAAACAUUGGAGUCAACAUGGGCCAGCAUCCCUGUGGAACGCACUCGACACCUUGGACAGUCCAUGCCCCGACGAAUUGAGGCUGUUCUGAGGACAAAGGGGGGUGCAACUCAAUAUUAGGAAGGUGUUUCAAAUAUUUUGUACUAGGGAUGCACCGAUAUGGCAUUUUUGGCCAAUAUGAUAUCUGAUAUUUUCCUUGCCAAAAGACCGAUACCAAUAACCGAUAUUUAACAUUUUAUCGGCCUUUUAAGCAUUCUAGUACAGUUAAAUCGUUAACACACACACACACACGGACACCGCGGUCUGCAAGAGGCGUCACUGGAGUCCCUGGUUUGAAUCCCAGCUGUAUCAUAUCCGGAUGUGAUUGAGAGUCCCAUAGGGCUGCGCACAAAUUUCCCAGUGUCGUCCGGGGUAGGCCGUCAUUGUAAAUGAGAAUUUUGUUCUUAACUGAUUUGCCUAGUUAGGUAAAGGUUACACACACCACACCGACCAAAAAGUAAUUUUGUUGGCAUUUACGAAUGCCCCAUUACCAGUAAAACAUAAUCAUAACCUAUUUCUUUCCGGGGCUCGACCAGUCGGCGUCACCCACGACAGAGGACGUAUGAUAUGUCAAUGGCAAUGAAUUCCAUUAUCUUGGCGUUAAUGGAUUUCGCCUUUGAGUUGUCUCUCUGAAAUGUUCUUACUCUUUUCAAAUGACUGCUUGACUUGAACUUGUUUAGUUGUUGGAAGUGUGCGCUUAGUAUUUUUCUGCUUUUGUUCUGUGUAGUGCUGUAUUUUUCGUGGCGUCAUUACGUCAUCUACCUACGUUAUAUAGGUAUGCAUGUCAGCAUUAACAUCGGUUUUGCACAUCGGUGUUAAAUUAGACAUCGGCCGAUGCCGAUGUUUGCAUUUUUAGCUAAUAUCGUCCGAUUCCGAUAUGCUCAACGAUAGUUGUGCAUCCCUAUUUUGUACACUCCGUGUAUAUCAUAAAGAUGGUGUAAUGAUCAGUUUUUAGCACUAGUUUGGGUGGAUUAUUUUAUUACUAAACAACUUGUUUAAGCUAUGAAUCAACUACUUUUGUUUAUUAAAUUGUAUUUUAAUACUAGAUUCAUUAUUUUAUUAAUUGAUGAUGAAUAUAUUUGAAUAACUAUUGAAAUUAAUUGAUCUGAUGGAAUGUAGCCUAGCGGUUAAGAGUGUUGGGCCAGUAACUGAAAGGUUGCUGGUUUGAAUCCCAAGCCGAUUAGGUAAAAAAAACUGUCAUUGUGCCAUUGAGCAAGGCAUUUAACCCUUAUUUGUCCAGUAAAUCGCUCUGGGUAAGAACAUCUGCUAAAUGACAAGAAUGUUAUGAAAAAUGUUUGUACAUGAAUUUAUGAUGGGCAUUCCUCGUGUGUAAUUAAAUGAAAUAACUGUUUGAAGUUAAACUGUAUAUAUUCUGGCAGGGGGCAGAUUGUCGGCACAACACCGUCAUCG